GAAUUAAUUUAAAUUUAUAAGCGUAUUAAUUUUUGUCCGUGAAAAGGCCCGUAUUGCUGCAUUUUUCGUCGUCGUCAUCGUGAACGCAGGUGUGGGAAGAAAGCUUCUGGGAUUUACAAGAAAUAUAAAUCUUCAAAAAAGUUCUUGUUUGCAUCAGCGACAACAUCGAGACUGUCCGAAAAUGACUGGUCGGGCACGGGCAAGAUCAAGAGGCAGAGCCCGCGGUCAGGAGACCCCGAUACUUGGAGCGAGCCAGGCCCAAGAAGCCCAACCAGGGACUUCCGCUCCCACAGAGGGGAAGCUGGUCGGUAGAGGGAGGCAGAAAGGUGCUCCAGGACCCUUUAGCAGUGAAGAUGUUGUACAGAUUUCUGCUGGAUUUCAGCAGGUAAGGCUGGGAGAGCGAGGUGGACGCCGCAGGGAUUUCCAUGACAUAGGGAUCAACACCAGACAGGCGAUGGAACAUGUGAAGGAAUCAAAGUGUGGAACUACCGGUUCUCUCAUUCACCUGAGAUCAAACUUCUUUCGCAUCCUGUCCCGCCCUCAGUGGGUUCUUUAUCAGUACCAUGUGGACUACAAACCACAGAUGGAGUCGCGACGCCUGAGAACUGCCCUCCUCUUCCAGCACGAGGAAGUAAUUGGCUCAGCACGGAGCUUUGAUGGAGCUCAGCUUUUUCUGCCUCGCAGAUUGCACAGCAAGGAAACGUUGCUGUACAGCACGACCAAGAACGGAGAAAAGGUUCAGAUCACUGUGACUCUGACAAACGAACUGCCACCUACCUCACUGGUGUGCAUUCAGUUUUAUAAUAUCAUCUUCAGAAAGAUCUUGAGAAUCCUCAACAUGCAGCAGAUUGGACGCAACUACUACAACCCCAAUGAUCCACUCAACAUCCCACAACAUAAGCUGACCAUUUGGCCCGGCUACGCCACCACCAUCUUGCAGUAUGAGUCAUCCAUCAUGAUGUGCACUGACGUGAGCCACAAGGUCCUGCGUAGUGAGACAGUACUCGACUUCAUGAUCAGCCUGAGGCAUCGGUUUGGAGAUCAACGCUUCUUUGACAUCUGCGCUAAGGAGCUUAUUGGGCUCGUGGUUCUCACCAAGUACAACAACAAAACCUACAGGAUUGAUGACAUUGCGUGGGAUCACAAUCCCAACAACACCUUCAACAGGGGAGACACUGAAAUUUCCUUCAUGGCCUACUUCAAGUCUCAAUACAACCUGGACAUCAAGGAUACACAGCAGGCGCUGCUGGUCAGCUACGUGAAGAGGAUGGGUCCUUCUGGAGGACCCCCUCCUGGUCCAGCCAUGCUUAUUCCAGAGCUGUGCUACCUCACAGGCUUGACUGAUAAGAUGCGAGAUGACAGAAACAUCAUGAAGGACUUGAGUGAGCACACGCGACUGAGCCCAGAGCAGAGAGUGGGACGUCUCAACAGAUUUGUCAGUAAUAUACAGAGGAAUGCUGACACACAGGCAGAGCUGGAUAAGUGGGGACUGAGCUUUGACAAUGAACUCCUGGCUCUAAAUGGCAGAGUCCUGACAGGAGAGAGGAUUUUCCAAGGAUCAAGAUCGUAUGACUACAACCCUUGGACACCUGAGUGGUCCAGAGAUAUGCGUGGGGUGCCUCUGAUCAGCGCUCCGGCGCUGAACAACUGGCUCUUGUUUUACACUCGUCGUAACAGCUCUGAAGCCCAGGCCCUCCUGCAGUCCCUCGGCAAAGUCUCACCACCAGUGGGAAUCCGCCUGCAGAGAGCUGUCAUGGUUGAGUAUGAAGACAAUCAAGAGUCUCUCCUCAGAGCCAUGCAGUACAACGUUGGACCUCAAACACAGAUGGUGGUAGUCGUACUCUCCAGCAACAGGAAAGACAAGUACGACAGUGUAAAGAAGUACCUCUGUGUGGACUGUCCCGUUCCCAGCCAGUGUGUCUUGUCCCGUACCCUGAGCCGACCUCAGGCCCUCAUGACUGUGGCUACCAAGAUUGCAUUGCAGAUGGCUUGCAAGAUGGGAGGAGAGCUCUGGAGUGUGGAAAUCCCUCUCAAACAGUUGAUGAUCGUAGGCAUUGACUGCUACCAUGACAUUGUUGCUGGGAAACGUUCAGUUGGAGCUUUAGUGGCCAGCCUCAACCAGAACAUGACCAGGUGGUUCUCAAAGUGUGUGCUGCAGCACAAAGGCCAGGAAAUCAUGGACGGGCUGAAGAACGCUUUAAGUGCUGCACUGAAAAGCUACCUGAAGUUCAACAACUGCCUGCCUUCACGCAUUGUUGUGUACCGAGACGGAGUGGGAGAUGGCCAGCUGCACAGCAUAGUCAACUAUGAGGUCUCACAGAUCAUGGACUCCAUCAAGUCCAUGGGGACAGACUACUUGCCCAAGCUGACUGUGGUGGUGGUGAAGAAGCGCAUCAACACCAGAUUCUUUGCCCACAUCGAUGGAAAGGUGUCCAACCCUCCUCCAGGCACUGUCGUGGACAUGGAAGUCACCCGCCCCGAGUGGUUCGACUUUUUUAUCGUGAGCCAAUCUGUAAACCUUGGAUGCGUGACACCGACCCACUACAAUGUUGUGUAUGACACCAGUGGACUCAAACCUGAUCAUAUGCAGCGACUGACCUACAAGCUGUGCCACAUGUACUACAACUGGCAGGGGAUCAUCCGAGUGCCCGCUCCCUGCCAGUACGCCCACAAACUGGCCUUCCUCGUGGGUCAGAGCAUUCAUAAGGAGCCCAGUAUGCACCUGGAUGACUACCUCUUUUACCUUUAAGGAUGGAAAGAUGAGCCACGUGUUUGGUUCCAACCCUGAAGUUGCAUUGAAGCAUUCCUGCGUCUAUGAAAAAUUAUGUUUUGACUGUUUGGAGAUUGUUUUAGUUUAUGACAUUAGUUUUAGUCUGACAGUCCUGUGCAGUAAUGAGUCAGAUCCAAAGGCACUAAAAAUGAACAUUACCUUGUUUACUGUUGGACGUGCACUUGUUGGACAUGGAGUAAGCUGUUCCCAGGAAAGACACUCGAUGAUUGAAUAAGAAAAGCUAAACAAACAACAAACCCUCAGUGCUCAGUCUGAUGCACAGACAAAUAUAUUGAACAAGCGUUGCCAAAGCAACACUCACUGAAGAGAGCGAACAGGGACACGGUACUUGAUUGCAGUUCAGAGUGAGCGGCUCAUGUUGAGGGAAUUUGACAAAAAAUACCGUGUGUGAAGGAACCUUACUCCACAUUAAAGUUUUGUUAAGUGGAUUCAGAUCUCCCAACUAAAAUAUAGCUUUGAGUUUUUCAAAUAAAUUAGACAACAUUUCAUUAUCACUUAAAACCCUGUUAGCAAUAUAACUUACUGGGUUUUGCCUUAAGGAAGUAAAAAUCCAAUCUUUUGUUUAUAUAAUAUAACCUUUAAUUUUUCUAAUGCCAGUGAACCUGCUGUUCUGUAGAGAGAAAAAACAGUUUUUGUUACUGAAUGGUUCUAAUAAACCUUUGUUUGUGUUGUA